UCCACAAACUAGUAUAAGCACUUUCCUUUCGCACAAUCCUUGCAAACUAUUGUUUAGUGUUUCCAUAGCUGACCAUACCAAGCCUUGACUUACUUUAGUGUAACUAUCAGUUUACAACCUAGUUUACACUUUUCCCCGACUUUGAUUCCUGUUUUGCCUCUGACAUCCCGACUGCACCUCGCUGGACCUUGACUUCAGUUUACCAUGAUUAUUGGAUUACGACUUGGAUUUGUUUACCUGCUAUGCUGGAUACUUCUCCCUGAUUGCAUCUUCAGACACUUUGACAGAUAGAUCAUUAUCUACCAAACAGUUCCUCGCAGCCUGCAAUGAAAAUGAAGGAAAACAAUGAAAGAAAAGAGACUGCUUGGAAGAUCAAACCAUCUACAGACUACUCAUUACUGAAGGUGUUGAUUAAAUUUCUUUCACAACAUGGCUCUGAUAGUAGGGCUGGCUGCAAGAUAAACAAAAUAUAUAUUAAAUAUCAACUACGUAAUAAAACAUUUGGGGGUGUGCUAUUAUAGGAAAACAAUCAAAGACAGGGUGGUGUGAUGUGGCCUAUCAGGAAGUAAUAAAUGUUCGGUUGUACUUACAAUAUUAGGCAGGUGGCCUAAUAUUGUAUGUUAGCCAUAACAUUAGCCCUAAUGUUCUGGCUAACAACAAUGUGAUGCCAUAACAUUAACACCCCCUGCCUAAUAUUGUGUAGAUCCCCCUUGUGCCUCCAAAACAUCUCUGACCCAUUGAGAUAUGAAGUCCACAAGACCUCUGAAGGUGCACUGUGUGUCUGACACCAAGAUGUUGAAAGUUGUGAGGUGGGACUCCAUGGAUCAGACUUGUUUGUCCAGCAUAUCCCACAGACGCUUGAUUGGAUUGAGAUCUGGGGAACUUGGAGGCCAAGUCAACACCUUGAACCCUUUUUCAUGCCCCUCAAACCAUUCCUGGACAAUUUUUGCAUUAUCCUGCUGAAAAAGGCCACUGCCAUUAGGGAAUAUGGUUAUCAUGAAGGGGUGUCCUUGGUCUGCAACAAUAAUUAAAGUAGGUAGUACCUGUGUGAGGGAAAUUUAGUGAAUGAACAUUCCUAUUCUCUGUGUUUCUGUGUGUUGAGCUCAAGUGGCCUAGUGUACUGAGAAGUUGUUUUUCCACAUGCUGUAAUCGCCUUUCUGUGGCCUUGGCUGGUGAUAAGCAGGGUGUCUGAGUUCUCCCUAACUACGCAUCCGCCUGCAUAUACCAGAGCACGCCAGGUGCAUGCUUUAACAAAACUUCAUAGAAAAUCUUGAGCCAAUCACGUGAAGACGCGAGCAGUAAGCGAAUGUUUUGAGAGUAUAAUAGAUAACAGUCACUAAGAUACAACUCCGUGCGCGUACUCUCGGCAUCACUGAAGUGGUGUUGUCUUCUCUUCUUCUUUUAUUCUUCUCUUCUUUUCUUCUUCUCUUCUUCUUUUUUCCUUUCCUAUUUUAUAUCUCUGUUUUAUAUGAUCUACUAUAAUAAAUAACUGAAAAGACAACUGCUAAGCGUUCUGAAGUGUUUAUUAGAAGUUUCCAUUACAAUCUGGCGUCCCUGGGUGGGCCCUACGCGUCUGAUCCUCAGACGACGGGACAUUCCCAAGGCCACGGUGCGGAGCUGAGAACUCGGAUGAGAGACCAGACCGUCAGGGCUCACCAAACCAGUAAGUGAUAACUUUGCAUUCUUGUGUAAAGGAAUUAGUGGAAACAGUAUUUAAAGACUGAUACAAGAGACGGACAGAGAUUUGUCCUAGUCAAUGAAGACUGAUAUAAGAGAUGGACAGAGAUUGUCCCAGUCAAGGAAGACUGAUGUAAGAGACGGACAGAAGUUGUCCCAGUCAAGGAAGACUGAUAUAAGAGACGGACAGAAGUUUGUCCGAGCCCAGGAGGACUGCUAAGCUGUGGUACCAUCAAUAUGUUUGCCAAAACGGAUAAAACACAAUUUUGAGACAAUAAACCGUGAGUAGUUUAUUGGGUUGUGGAAGAGAAAUGUCCGCCUAAGUGACAACUGGGUAACAGCUCACCUCCUUGAGCGAGGGAAGUAUGGGUGCGUGUUUCGACGGAUUCACGUUCAGCGAUUCGUAACUGGGAGAGAAUUGAAUCUUGCUCCCUUUGUUCUGCGUGAACAACUGGCCCGUCAUAGGAAUGGGAUAGAGAGGUUCGAUCACGAAGUCGCCAAGACACACCGGUGUGCACACAAAAUAUUGAUGAAUUAACAGAGUACUGUCCUCCUCUAAAUUCUGAAACAGAGAAAUAGAUUUUGUACACAUGCGUGAGUUGUCUUUGAGGUUGUUGUGCUAAACGAUACCUACUUUUAGCUUAAGGUAAAUGUCAGAUAAAUUGUUUACUAAUAAGAACAUACCUAAAGGAUUAUUGUGUCGCAUUUUUGGACAUAGUCCAACCUGUUCUUCUUGUGAUCCUAAUAAAGAAACUCAGCCAUUGUUGUUACAACCUAUUGAUAUAACAGUGUACAAUGGGGAACAGAAACGGUAAGUUAGGGAAAGAAAAGAAAAAAGCAAGUAAGUGUGAGGCUACAUGUGCUAUAAUAAGAAUUGUGUGUUCCUAUGACAGCCCAAACAUCCAGUUUAUGAAAACCUCGUAUGGCGAGGAUUGUUUGGCACAGUUUGACAUAUAGGUAAAGGACUUAGGAUUCCCUGAGAAGGGCAGUUUUAGUCCCAGGCAGAUAGAACAGUUAGAAGAAAAGUUGAAACGGAAGGAAAAAGAAGAGUCUGCAGAUAAUGUUAAGUUCUUAGGGGACUGGUGGGCAUUUUCUGCAUGGAAAGAAGAAACACUUAAGAGAGAGUACAAAAGAGAGAAAUGACAGGCAGGGCUCUCACCCUCUUCUCAGUGUUUGAAAUUUCAGAUGGACCCUGACCUGGAGUCUGCCCCACCACCCCGACACAAACUGCCUCCUCAGCAAGGCGGCGCAUCAUUCCCACAAGCGCUUCACCCACAGAAAGGGGGAGAAGUCGAGACAAAGAAAAAAACUGAGCCUCUGGAAUCUCUCCCACCCUACCAGCCGCCUCCAGCGUCAGUGCCUCCCCUUGCUUCUCCAUCACACACGAGAUCCGGUCUUGCAUAUGGCGACGGAAGAGACACCCUCCUGGACCUGACCAUAUGCUCACCAGUGGGUCCACAAGGCCAUAACCUAAAGUCUGAAGUUCUUCAUCUUCCAGUGGUGGAAGUGGCUGGAGCUGAAAGCGUGCUUCUAGUCCACAGACCCUGGACGACAGCUGACAUGAAGGAAAGCAUGGCCUCUCUUCCCAAUGUGAGAGAGGUAGGAGGAAAGAGAUUUGGUAACGAGCUGUUGAUAUUUUGCAGAGAAUUGCGACCAACCACCCAUGAACUUCGCCGCCUACUCAUGACCAAGAUGGGUAUAAAUUGGAGUAAGGUUUCCAGAGAGUGUCCAGAUGCCGACCAGCAGAUGGCAAUAGUGAGUAUAGAAAUACCCUCCCUGCUCUCUGUGCUUGUCUGAUCGAAGCUCUUCCCUUGAACAUAGACAUUACUAAGAUCAGUAUAUGUAAGCAAGAAGAUGGUGAAGUGGUGUCAGCGUUUCUCGCUCAUCUCACUGCCGUGCACGAGAAACACAGUGGCCUGACCAGGCUCGUGACCCUGGCUGCAGUGGAGGGCACUCCUGAGCCUCACCAAGAUUGAGCAGUAUGCUGUGCACGCAGAAAGGCUGCUGAAAGAGAAGAAGACAAAGUCAACAAAAAGAGACCAAGACCUACACGCCGCCACUCUCACUCUUCUCCAGACUGCUCAGCCUGGACCUAGAGGAAGAGGUCGAGGUAGGGGCCGAGGCAGGAUGACCUGGGGUGACCCGUCCUGGAUAAAAGGCGCAACCUGUUACAACUGCAAUCAGAAGGGACACAUUGCUCGAGAUUGUCUCCACAGUAGCAAACAGAGGCCCCGUGAGGAGUACAGCAAAGCAGACUGACGGGCGGACUCCGGGAACGGGCCCCGCGCAGAGAACAGGGGAGGUAACAUGCACACCUAAUGAUAUACAUACACAUAGACAGGAACAUCCACAUAACGUUAAACAUAUUAGUAGCAGCACCUGCAUGCAACAGCAAGACUACACAGAAACGCCCGAUACACCAGUCCAGAUAGAUACACCUGAAGUUGCAUCAAGUUUGUUAAAAUACACAACUACUCCCUUCUCUCAACUCCCUUGUGUGCCCCUCAUGGUAUGUGGGCAUGUGCUAACCUUUUUAGUAGAUUCUGGAGCAGGACACUCAGUCAUACAACAUGGGGUACUUCCAGUAGACCCACCGCUCAGCUCAAAUUCUAUUCAGACGAUGGGCAUCUCAGGACGACCUGUAACCAAAACUUUCUCAGUCAACCUCCCAUGUAAAAGCGAGGGAGGAAUAGUUACGUCCCACUCAUUCCUCAUUUCACAUACAUGUCCAGUAAAUUUGUUAGCAUGUGAUUUAAUGUGCAAAUUAGGAGUAAAUCUCACGUUCACUCCAGAUGGACUAACUAUUGAAGUAACUGAAAUGUGCGGUAUGCAGUAUGGUUUUGGAAGCCCCGUAUGUGUAUGUCUAGUGGCUCUGCUCAGAUCAACUCGCACAAACUCCCAAACACCUUGUACAGCUCACACACUUGAACACCUCAUCAGUUGACACAGAUUAUAUGAAAGAGGAAGAUUUGCAUUGCACAGCACAUGUUCACCAAGAGCAAGAUGUAGAGUUUGAAAAGACUUGGUUUGCAGACCCCCACACAUGUGAAAGAUUGACCCUCAAAACUACAUAUUGGUCUAAACAUUAUUGCGCUGUGCAGGUCCAUUUAACUUGUUGUCUGAACAGCUACAUCAAUGUUCAUUGCAGUGUUCUCAAACAUGUUGCAGUAUAUGCGGUCUCAUGUUAGAGGACUCUGAGGUCGGCUGCUGCCAGCAUGAUUUCUUUGACAUCGUUAAUUCCAUACCCCAUGUCUCAUUAGCAAAGCCAUGAGCCGCCCAUUGGAAAGACUUGGGGAAAUGGGUCAAGAAGUGCGCAGUCAAUGGCAAUGAAUGGUCCCAAACAGAGGACCCUAGUGUGUUGUUUUGCCAAAAGCUUGGGGUCUACAAACAAAGUCAUGCUAUGUGUGUGCAUGUUAAGCGCAGUGUAAUAUUAGCCACUGAUGACCAGGGUCCUGGGGACCCCGGCCAUAGUGGCCUGUUUGUCUCGGUUUCCACAGGCAUAACUCCAGCAGAGGUACACCCCAAAUUGGCAGGAGUUCCAAAUUCCGUUUGGGCGAAGGGUAAACAUGAUGUAGGCCUAAUAAAGAAUGUUGAACCAGUGGUGAUCACCCCCAAAUCAGAUUUCAGGCCUAAACAGACCCAGUACCCACUCAAACCAGAAGCAAUCGCAGGUAUAAGACCGGUCUUUGAUUUGUUGCUGAAGGCAGGUGUAAUUGUCCCUUGCCCGGACCCUCCAGUGCACACUCCUAUUUUCCCAGUUAAGAAGGCGAGAAAACCAUCCCAGCCCGAUGAGUGGAGAUUUGUCCAAGAUCUGCAAGCAGUCAAUGCUGUGGUUGUUCCAUGCGCACCUGACGUACCUAAAGAGCGCUCUGCAGACCACACCCACUCUGGGAUUGCCUGACCCCAAUAAACCAUUUUUUCAAACUGUAAAUGAAAAGAAGGGUUUCAUGACCUCUGUUUUUUUGCAGAAACAUGGGGAUAGAUUAAGACCUGUAGCCUGCUUCUCCAGCAAGUUGGACCCAGUGGUGGCUGGAUUUCCUUUUUGCCUGUGUGCAGUUGCUGCAGCUGAAAAGGCAGUAACUGCUUCCAGAAAUAUUGUGGGGUAUUCUAACCUCACCCUUUUGGUCCCACAUGCUGUCUCCCUGCUUCUGUUGGAGAAAAAGACGUCACAUUUGUCAGCACAGAGAUGGUUAAAGUAUAACACUGUCAUACUUGAUAUGCCUAACAUCAUUGUGAAAUGUUGUACUGUUCUGAAUCCUGCCUCUCUUUUCCCUACAGAGGACGAUGGAGAGCCACAUGACUAUGUUGCUCUCACCAAUGAUUUUUGUUCCCCCAGGGCAGACUUAAAGAGCAACCCUUUGGAAAAUCCAGACAUGGUUCUCUAUGUGGAUGGUUCAGCCUCCAGAAACCCAGAGACGGGAAAGAACAAAGUAAAAGAAGCACUUCCCAAGCCCACUGAGGGACCUCUGCAUGAUCUACAACCAGGGGAUUGGAUAGUGGUGAAGGACUUCCGACGAACCAAGUGGAACAAGCCACGGUGGAAUGGCCCAUUCCAGGUCCUGCUCACGACCCCAUUGGCAGUGAAGGUCACAGGCAGAGUGACGUGGAUCCACGCUAGCCACUGCAGGAGGGUUCCUGAACCGGCUGAGCAGGAGGAAAAGGAAGGCCUAAAUGACCCGGAUGCUGGUAAAGCGCGUGAGGAAGAAAGGCAUCACUGCAUGAAACAGUGCGAGUAUCACAUCAAUCACGCACGCACCCUCAAUAGGGAAGAGUAUUUCAGUGUCUAGCCGAUAGAUGAGUCUUAGGGUUUCGAGUUUCCUCCAAGUCCCGGUGAGGUGGGACGAGGGCUGAUAGGGCGUGCCCGCCCUCUGAGCACCAAUACACGUCAAGAAGGGCAAGGGUUAACUCGGUAACAUCACUGAGGCACUGAACAAGAUGCGCAAGGUUGCUGAACAAUUACAAGCAGAUGAACAUGGAGGAGUCGAAGACAGUUGAUGGCGUUGGUUUAGUGGAUGGAAGACUCUGAUUCUAUCCACCAUACUGGUCCUGGGUUUAGUGAUUGUGAUGCUAUGUUUGCUCCCUGUUUUCUGUCAAUGUUGUAUGUCUGUGUUUCAAAGGCAGCUGACAAAUAGUUACCAGAUGGGAAAAUAGACCCAGACGACUUGCCUGACUGGCCUCCAAACCUACACGAAGACUACAACCCACCGUUUGACGACGUCAGCACAGCUGAUAUGAAAUUAGCCCUAGCUUAAAACACUCAUUUGUGGUUGUUUUUCUGUUCUAUUGUUUCCUGAUCUAUGUAUAUAGCUUGCUAGCAUUAACUUAAGACAUCUAUGUCUUACAAAACAGCCUUAGCAUUAUCCCUGUACACUCAAUGACAUGUUAAGUCGAAUCUCUCUGGAAACUCUUACCACUAAAAUUGUGUACAUUUCUUUCUUUUAGCAAUUAUUAUCCUGUAGGAUAAAAAGGGGGGAAAUGUGAGGGGGAAUUUAGUGAAUGAACAUUCCUAUUCUCUGUGUUUCUGUGUGUUGAGCUCAAGUGGCCUAGUGUACUGAGAAGUUGUUUUUCCACAUGCUAUAAUCGCCUUUCUGUGGCCUUGGCUGGUGAUAAGCAGGGUGUCUGAGUUCUCCCUAACUACGCAUCUGCCUGCACAUACCAGAGCAUGCCAGGUGCACGCUUUAACAAAACUUCAUAGAAAAUCUUGAGCCAAUCACGUGAAGACGUGAGCAGUAAGCGCAUGUUUUUAGAGUAUAAUAGAUAACAGCCACUAAGAUACAACUCAGAUUGCGCGUACUCUCGGCAUCACUGAAGUGGUGUCUUCUUCUUUUUCUUCUUUUUUCCUUUCCUAUUUUAUAUCUCUGUUUUAUAUGAUCUACUAUAAUAAAUAACUGAAAAGACAA